AAAAAGAGAGUAAUGUGAGAGUGCGAUGAAAAAGAAAUAGACAUAUCCCCAUCGGCAAGCAAACCUUUUUUGGUUGAUGAACGCAGUGUGUUGUAUUGUGGUAGCCAUGUGCAAAAAGUUAUCUGCAAAGCAAUUAAACUCUUGCCAUCUAAUCCUUUACUUUUUCUUUAGCUUCCAUUAUUUCCUUUGAGAUUUAAGGAUCCCAUGUCCAGCUCUAAAGGGCAUGCUCUUGUGGAUUGAUUAUUUUCUCUGCGGUUUUUUUUUAACAAUUUGCUUCCAACUCCCCUUUUUCACCUUUAUAACACUCUGCCCCAUUUGCAGCGUCUCUUAGUUGUGUCAAUUACUUUCGGCUUUCUCUCUCUCUGCAUGACUUUCAGCACCGGAAAGACUAAAACAAGCUGUUUCUCGGUAGAUUUUGAUUCUGGGUUUUCUCUGUUUUGCUGAGUGAAAUGGGAAUUAAAGGAGAAUUGGUUAGGAAUGUGUUCUUGAGGAACCGUUCUUUCAAGACCCAUGAGAAAAAUACGCGGAACAACAAUUCUGUGGAAAGGAAAAAAUGGCACUCUGUUAGAUCUUACCUAUGUGGAGACGAGUACAAUUCAGUUCUUGUAGAGGAAGAUGCAGCAUCCAUUAGAAGCUCUGAAGCAACUGUCACACAGCCUGUUUUGGAGCUUGAGAUCUCAACACAGAAACAAGAACCUUCAAUGGAGGUUUUCGAUUUAGGCUCCCAAUUGAAGCGCCAAGAACAAGCAGCACUCCUCAUCCAGUCAGCAUUUAGAAGCUUUCUGGCUCGGCGUCGGGAUGCCGAGAUCGAAUGGACGAAUAGUGAUAGCAAGAAGGAGAUCACUGAGGGAAUAGAAAGUCCAAGCAGAGAGUCUCUAAGCACGUCAAUUGAAGUUCAGACUGGGAAUUCUGAAGCUUUCUCUGUUCAAGAUGAAAGAAUUGUUCUUUCCAACCGAAUGCAACAGAAAACCAAAACCCAAUUACAUAAGCUGAAGGAAGAAUGGGAUGAUAGCACAGUGAGUAGCAAUGUAACAAAAAUGAGGAUUCAGAACAGGCUAGAAGCAUCAACCCGACGUGAACGAGCACUGGCUUACGCUUUCUCGCAACAGCUACGAAUCUGCUCGAAGAGAAAACACUCGAAAUCCGAUGCCAUAGAAGCGAACAUGAGCUGGAGCUGGCUGGAAAGGUGGAUGGCCACCCGCCUUCCUGAAGGCUCCUCGGUCGAAACUCACACGAUGAAACCAUCGGAAGGGAUUGACAACAAUCCGAGAUUGGUGAUAAGCCAAAGACUCUUUGAUAUUGGUGCAGAAGAAAAGGAAAGCUGCGGAUCUAAUGAGGUAUCUGUACGAUCUUUUAACUUCUCUGCUGAUGCAUUGAAGAGCAGAUCAAAGGGUUCAAGUUACGUUUCAAGGAGCAAGACUGUACCAAGCCUUCAGCUUAAUAAUGAAGAUUUUACGAAGGUGAGCAAAGGGGAUUGGGUAGCAGAGACUGAAAGAGAUAAAAGGAGCAGACAAAGGCAAGCUGGGGGCAGAGGAGAAAUCAAAUGUAACGAUGCAUAUAUCAACAGUUCUCCAAGUUCCUCUCCUGUUGAAUCCAGAGUCGGUGUGUAAUUCUGGAAACUGAAACCUUUUAGUUUAUCAUCUUUGAUGCUAUUUAUGUUAAGCCAACCCCUUGUAUAUUAAGGAUAAGAACUGUCAUGAACAGUUCUAGCUUUCCCACCUUCAAGGCCAAUGAUUUGCUCUGGAUUAAAAGGCUUAUUAUUGUCCUUUGUUAGUUCAUACUGAUAAACACUAUUGAAGCAAAUUGUGCAGAUAUCGUGUAACUAUUUUGUACAUUUAGCAAUGACUGUAUGGAUAUCUAUAGAAGAGUGGUACGAGGA